UCCUCCCCAUCUCACAUCACAUCUCUUCAUCCCACCACAAUGCCCCCACCACGGUUCGGCGCGACCAAGUUCCGCAACGCCGUGCCGGGCUUUCCGCCGCGCGACGAGUGGUACCGCUCGAGCCUGCCCCACGCUGCCGACGCCCCGCCCAACACGUCCCAGUUCAGCUCGGUGGUCAAGACGAACCGCGAGCACGUCGUGACUGUCGCACUGUCAGGCGAUGCGAGCAUUCGUGCGUAUGACGCCGUCGGGGCGAACGAAGGACAGACUUGGGCGGGCAAGCUUGGAGCUGGUGUUGCAGACUGGGACCUGGGCCGCGUCGAGGGCGGUGAGCUGCUCGUGGCUGGCACCAAUGGGACUGUUUCGUACUAUACCGUGGGCGGGGUCGCGGCGCCAGAGCUCCGUCACAGCUUCGCUGUCCAGGGCAAGCCGACCAACGUCUACCUCCACCCCACGACGGGCGGCAUUGCGCUCGCCUCGACGGCCACUGCCCCGGCAGCGGUGUACGAUCUUGGAGCGGGAGCUACCCAGGCAACUUUGACCCUCACCCCGACGGACGGGCAGGCGCUCUGGUCUUCGGCAUGGAGCAGCGACGGCCGCCUCGUGGGCGGCGUGAGCAAAAAGGGCAACGCGUACAUCUGGGAUGCGCGUGCGGGCUCUGCUCCGGUGCACGAGAAGGCUGUGGCUCUCCAGCCUUUGAAGCCUGCGCGUGUUGCAUUCGUCGGACCUGAUCUCUUCGUCACGUCCUUCUCGCGCUCCCGCGCCAGGCAGUACUCCCUGCUGUCGGUGCAGAGCGGCCUCGGCGCAACCUUCAGCGCCACGCUGGACAACUCGCAGGGCCCGCUCGUGCCCCUCGUCGACGAGGAGCGCAAUAUCGUUUACACUGUAGGAAGGGGCGACAUGACUCUUCGCCAGAUCGAGCUCUCCGGUCCCCAGGGAUACCAGGAAGUCACCCACUCCCUGCCUUCGCCGGCUACCUCUGGCUCGCUGGCCCUCGCGCAUUGGUCGACCUUGCCGGUGAUGGAGGCGCAAAUCGCCAGCGUCCUCGUCCCCAUUGUCGACAAGGACGGCGACACCAUCCUCCCGGUCCAGAUCAAGGUGCCCCGCAAGCAGCUGAUCGACUAUCAUGGCGAUCUGUUCCCCGACGUCCUUGGCACGGUGCCUGAGCAGUCGGCCGCCGACUGGUUCAGCGGAGGCGACGCGAAGCCCCUCCCAGUAUCGAUCGACCCCUCGCGUAGGGCCGAGUGGGAGAAGAAGACGUCCGAGUGGAAGGGCAAGGCUGGUGGAAGUGCUGCACCUGCUGCGGCCAAGGCCGCGGCACCUGCCGCCGCGCCUGUGACCCCGCAGCCGGCAGUAACGCCUGCUGCUGUCGCACCUGUGCCUGCGCCAGCAGCCGCACCAUCGCCUGUUGUAAAGGCGCCUGAAAAUUCGGCUCCGACUGUUGUGAGGAAUGGGGCUUCGGAGGCUGCCGCCACUCCAGCCCAGCCAGCCACCCCCAACCAGCCUGCUGUCACGAGGGCGGUCGACCCCCCGGCAGCCUCUCAGAACGGAGGAGCUUCCGCCUCUCCUAUUCAGACCCCUACACCUGCUGAGAGUGCCUCUUCUCCUGCACCCGCUGCACCCUCGGCACCUGCCACUCCAGCCUCCGCCUCGUCGGCUACAUCCACUCCUGCCACUCCCUCUGCCACCACGCCGACCGCCACCACCCCUGGUGAACGAUACAACCCCGGGUGGUCGCGCAAGUACCUCGGCGGCAAGGCGCCCCUCAACCCCACAUACGACCAGAUCCCAGCACCUGCGACCCUGCAUCAAGACUCGGUUAUCCUGCGCUCCACUCCCAAGGUUGCCUUCUUCUCUAUUCAGGGCCCUGGAGGCCGCAUUGCCGUGCAGCCGUUGUCCAAGAAGGGUCGCGUUCCCAACGGCGGCCACGGCUACCUCUCUGGUGGCGUCGGUGUUGCCGACUUCCAAGUGGAGCCAUUUGGCGACCGCAUCGUCCUGGCUGGUGAAGACGGCGAGCUGCGUAUCUGGGAGGUCCAUGAGGGAGGGAUUGAGGGCCCUGGACCAGAGCCAGAGCUCAUCAUCCAAGGCAACAGGAUUGAGAAAAUCGUCCAGGUUACCUUCCACCCCACCGCCAAGGACCUGCUCCUCGUCGCGUCCAACGACUCGGGCAAGGGCCACCUGCGAUUCUUCGACCUCAAGAUCGGCCUCGAGCAGAAGGUUGUGCCUUUCGACUUUGAGAUCUGGAACUUUGCUAUCGAGCCUACAGGAGACCGUGUUGCCAUCGCCACGAAGAAGAGCGAGAUCGUCAUCCUGGACCCGCGCGAUGAGACCAAGGUCGUCAGGGGCAAGGCGCACGAUAGCCUUCGCUCGUUCCAGCUCGCGUGGAUUGACGAGACCCACGUCGUGUCAGUGGGCUUCAACAGGGGCUCUAUGCGCAAGGUCCAGCUGUACAACGUUGGCGACGAGGUGACCAACAAGGCUGGCGUGACCAUUGACGUGUCGCCCUCUGUCCUCUUCCCGGUCUUUGACCCUGACACGUCGAUCCUCUACGUCUGGGGCAAGGGCGAGCGUGCGAUCCACGCGUUCGAGAUCCACCCCGACCACGCCAACGAGCCAGUUGCCAAGCUUCCAAGCUACAACGCUGCCUCUGGCGCCCCGCAGCUCGCCGUCGCCCUCCUCCCCAAGACGGUCGUGGACGUUCGCAAGGUCGAGGUGGCGCGCGCGCUCCGCCUCACGGCCAAGACCAUCGAGGAGGUCACAUUCUCCAUCCCGCGAAACAAGCCCAACUUCUUCCAGGACGAUAUCUAUGUGCCUACCCGCGACUGGUCGACGCCGGCGACUGGCGCCGAGAAGUGGCUCGAGGGCGACAAGAGCAGGCAGGGUGUGCUUGACCUCAGGCCAGCGGAUCUGACCCCCUUGUCCCAAGCCCCCGUCACCACCACGGCGGCACGGAAGAAGUUUGUCCCUGCGGCCAACGUCAUGUCCGAGGAGGAGAAGAAGAAGCAGGAGAUGGACCGCCUGUUCCAGCGUGCCAAGAUGGAGGACUCGGACUCGGACGACGAGCCACAGCGCCGCGGCGGCAUUCCCCCUCCCGACGACGACUGGUAGCGGUAGCCAGGACCCCACCUACCCAUCUACGUAUGAUGUACAUGC